AUGGAGUGGACCGGGGAUCUCUACACUAAGGCUAUCUUAGCUGAAUCACUAAAACAUCCAAGGUUCGAUGAGGGAGCCCUUUCGCUUGUCCAUGGCGCGAAUGAACGGUUCACGUUGAACCUCCAAGACCCUCACAACUAUAGCAAGGACCAUACAGCAAUUGAACGUUUUGAUAGUGUGUUCAGCCAACAAGAUCAUCAAUUAACUACCUGCGUACUCUAUUACAAUAAGGGUCAGGGGCACCUAGAGGAGCUUUAUGUUUCGGAUCAUCAACUGCCUUGGAAAGAUUAUUAUAAGAUCCAUCUGCAAUAUUGUUUUUCUCCAUAUAGUCCGAAAUCGCUCGACUGGGUGGUGGCUGAAGAUUCAAGCGUAAAGUUUUGA